AUGAUCAGUGCUAUCGCAGCACGAAAAGCUGCUCAAGCAGAGCUUCAAAAGGUUCCCGAUACACCUCACAUAGAGGAGCAGGUAGCUCCUCCGCCUCAGGGGACACCAAGGCCAAACCCGAAACGAAAGGCGCCUUUGCAGGAUGCAAAACCUUCAAAGAAAAAGCGAGUGAAGAAAGAAAAAGGGAAGCAAGCGGAACUGCCGAAGGAGAGGUAUUUCACAAAACAGAAGGAUGAUUUCAAGGAGCAGGAAGAUAUGAUUGUCGUUGGUUCGGAUGAUGACGAUGAAAAUGUGGACGAGCUGUCUCAAGACUCGGACUUGGAGCCAGGACCAUCCCUCGUUCCGUCCAAAACAAGGCGCAAAUGGUCCCCGAGUCGUAUGGUGGAAGAUUCCUCAGACGAAGACUCGGCUGAAGUGUCUGCUGGCCCCAAACUCGAUCUGUCGCCUUUCUUCCCUAGAUCAGCUCGAAAACUUGUCGUCUUUGAUGAAAAUCGGAUUCUGUCGACUUUUCAACCAACAACGGACCAGAACACGUUCGUUCUCACAGCUGAGGAGGUCUCCGCUUUGGACUCGUCAUCUCAGAAUGUGGGUGGAACUAUCCUCAUCGUGACACCAGCAGAUUCCCUCUGCAUUCUCGGAGCGUGUCUCUUGACGGUCAUUCAUGGUUCCAUCUCCUUGUGCUGCUCUACACUGCAAUCAUCCAACACUGUGCACCGGAUAUACGCGCCCAGGUCCUCGCCGCUUCCUAUCAUCAGACAUGCUGCCGGUGGAGGAUCAAUAGCGGAUUCUGUUCAAUUCCCCCACCGUCUCGUUGAGUUCCCUCGCAAUUCGGCUAUCAUCUUGCUCAGAGAGCUGCCCACGGGCGUGGAAGGCCUAGGUCAAAUUUGCCGUUCUUUCGAGGGUGUGUUUGAGCCCUCGAAAUGGCAAAAGGGUAAGGCAGAAGCCCCAUUCGACAUCCCAGGGCUGUAUAUGGUCACUCACCAGACGAAAGACAUACAGCCCUUCACACUGUCACCAUCAUGGGAACAGGCAUUGGCGGAUGUUUCUUCAUCAGUGGAGUCCCCUUUAGCGGGAACAUACCUCGUCAAAGGCCCAAAGAACUCAGGAAAGAGCACCUUUUGUCGGACACUCUUGAAUCGGCUUUUGACAGUAUUUGAACGCGUCGCUUACCUCGAGUGCGAUAUUGGCCAGUCAGAAUUCACUCCAGGCGGCAUGGUAGCCUUGAACGUUAUUUCGGAACAUCAAUUUGGUCCUCCAUUCACCCAUCAAACCCUCCCAAACCAAGCCCACUACAUGGGCGCCACCACUCCGCGUUCCUCUCCAUCUCAUUACCUCGACUCCGUUGCAGCCCUCCUCCAAUUCUACCGAUUGAAUGUUCAAAGCCCCAGCGUCGACUACGACGACCCAGGAUCGCGCAUCACCGACUCAAUCCCACUCAUCGUCAACUCCAUGGGGUGGGUCAAAGGCCUUGGCGCGGAUCUGACUCAAAAAAUUGAGGACUUGCUUUUACCCACAGACGUCUUUGAUAUUCAGCCCUCCUUGGCUAGUGAGCACUAUGGUUAUUCGGGGGCGCCUCCAACCCCCAUACCCAACGCACGGAACCAGUACCAGGCGUAUCACGGGGGCGCGAUUGCAGAUGAAGGCGAUUCAAAAGUACACAUUGUGCAGGGUAUACCCUCUUCGACGUUGAUCCCUGGAUUCACAGCCGCGGACCAUAGAGCCAUGUCCAUCCUAUCGUACUUCCACGCAGUGUUUCCCCAGAAUGGGGUGCCUGGAGAAGUGAACCAAGUUACUGUUCGGGGCUGGGACACUGCCAAGCCGCUGUGCGCUAUCCCGGCCUACGAGGUUGAUGCCAGUGUGGCUUUGGAUAAGGUUGUGCUGACGGGCGCGGGGAGCGAAGAUGUCGCUCCGCAGGAGGUUGGGCGUGUGCUCAAUGGUGCUAUUGUGGGCGUUGUGAAGUGUGAACCUGGGACAUUGGGUGACUAUGGGGAUACAAGUAUAAAUGGGGGGGAUACGGAAGGGAAGACAAUUGGUAUUCCAUAUACCCGACAUUUCACCCCUCCUUCGCCUUCAUCGUCAACCUGUGUUGGGUUGGCGCUCAUACGCGCUGUGGCUCCUCAUCUCGUGGACUGUGAACCCCCUUCUCCUCCCUCUUCUUCACCAGCAAAACCGCUUCUCCACGUUCUGACGCCGCUUCCGCCUGCACUCCUCUCUGGGGCGCGGGUGUUCGUUAAGGGUGAGAUGGAGCUACCCAUUUGGGGCAUGUUAGACUUUAGGAGCAGUAAUGAGGGUGAUGUGGCUGGUGUUGAGCGAGUCAAGGUGCCGUACCUCCAGUGGGGGAGGGGUGGAGAAGGGGUGGCUGGGGCGGACAAGAGGAGGGUGAGGAGGAAUUUGAUGCGAAGGUCGCAGAUGUGA